AAAUUAAGUUCUUUUCCCUGUAAAAUAUUCUCAAAAUUUCAGUUUAAUUUCAAAAAAUAUGAAUCCCUUUACAAUUUUCCUUCUAUUUUUAGCUGUUCUUGGGUUGAAUCGUCAAUGUUUAGGAAAAGCUGUAACCGCGAACUCAGUUUUGGAGCAACACAAUUAUUACAGAAAUAUUAAUGACAUGCCGAAGCUAUCCUUGUCUAAAGAACUAAGCAAAGAUUGUGAAGAUUAUGCAAAACAUUUAGCUACUUUGAAUAUCCGAGACGACAAUCUACUUGAGGAUGCUAAUGCUGUGAUAUGGAGUGUUUUUGAUCACAUAAAAUAUCCUUUAUCCGCCGGUGCACGCAAUGAGUAUACAGAAUCCAUAUGCGAGUUUCAAGAUGUAUCUUGUGUUAAGUACUGGUAUGACAAUGGACGCAAAAUCUAUAAUGGGUGGUAUUAUAUAUAUGAUGAUGAUGAAGAUGAUGAUGCUGCCAAAAGAUACAAAAAAAUGGAAAGGUGGCUGAAAAAAAAAUAUACUGCAAUUGUAUGGAGGUCAUCUAAAACUCUGGGAGUGGGUAUUGCUCCCAAAGAUCCUGCAAAUAAAAAUGGGAGAAAAAUUAUGGUGGUAAGGUAUUCUCCACCCGGCAGUGACCCUUACUUGUAUGAUUUAAAUAUGCCAACCAGUCCUACUCCAAAACCUGUAAACACAACGACGCCCACACCGUCAAGCGCAUUCGGCAAGGAUUUGAACAUAAUUGUAUUUCUACUUAAUUGCUUAAUACAGAUAUUAGUAUAA